CGGUCAUGUGAUCAGCUAUGUCCAAUCACAGCUGAUCACAUGGGACAUGUACACUGAUCAUCAGGGCACUGAUGACCAGUGUGCCCUGAUGAUCAGUGUGGCCCCAGAAGUGCCACCUGUCAGUGUUCAUCAAUGCCAGCAGUCAGUGCUCAUCAGUGCCAAGUGCGAGUCCCCAUCAGUGCCACAUCAAUGCCACAUAUCAGUGCCCAUCUAAGCUGCCUUUCAAUGUCACCCAUCAGUACCAGUCAGUGCCACCUAUCGAUGCCAAUCAGUGCCACCUAUCAGUGCUGCCAAUCAGUGCCACCUAUCAGUGCCAGUCAG